GCACGGCUCUAAUAAUAAUUAAAGCAACUACAACAAUAUGAUUGUUGUUUAAAUACGCCGGAAAACGUACGUUCCUUAAAUAUUCGCAGGUAUUUUAAGCCCAAUAGACAGCAUUUAAUGUAAAGAUGACAACUGACGAGAGUAUUAUGAAAGAGAUGUUGGAUCGUGCAACGAAUCCAACAAAAGAGCGAGUCGAUGAACUCGGCGUGCAAAUGUUUUGCAUUGUGGUCCGCAGUAACAGUCAACUGGUUAACAAGGCCCAAGCAAUGAUUGUGGAAAAGGUGCAUUCGAGCAAUGUGAACGAGGCGUUGCGAGCAAUUGCGCUGCUGGAGGAAUGCAUGACCCAGUGCGGCGAUGUAUUUCAGGAGGAGGCCGCCAAAUUCCGAUUUCUGAAUGAGCUAAUACGUUUGGUGUUAAAGAAAUACGAUGGAGCCGAUACGCCACUUGUGGUGAAACAGCGCAUCAUGGAGUGCCUGCUGCUGUGGACCACCGAGUUUCCACAACGUCAAAAGAUUCGGGAGGCGUACGAUAUGCUGCGCAAGGAAGACGACAUCGAUCACAGCCAAACGGCCGCUGCACUGGCCAAGCGAGAGAGCGUGCUCAGCACGAUUGACGAGGCCAUGUUUGCCAAGCUGAUCAAGAGCAAGGAUACGGAGAACUACAAGCGCGCCAAUCUGUUGCUGCAAUAUCGCAUGGCACAGGAGGCGCGUCGUAAUGAUUUGCUUGCCCAGCAUCGACUUGUGCUCAUUGAGGCGCAGGAGGCCAUGCAGCUGCUCAGUCAAAUGCUAGACAACUAUAAUCCCGAUGAUUGUGAUGUCAAUGAGACCAUUAGAGAGCUCUACAAGACUUGCAAGAAGCAUAAGCCCAUCUUUCAGCAUUUGCCUGAGCUGUUGGGUGACUCGGAUACCCAGCUAGUAGAAGACACGCUGGAGACCAAUAAAGCCUUGCUGGCGAUUCUGGCACGAUACAAGCAGCUUUUGCCGUCACCGGCCAAAAGCGCAGCUUCCGCUGUUCCACCUGCAGCCACAAUUGCGACCACAAGCACAUCUAAAGUAGCAGGUGCAGCAACGACUGCAACGGGCUCCAGCAAUGCAACUUUGAUCAACGAACUUCUGGGUGAUUUACUGCUGGGUGGCGCCGAGCCCGAGACCACCGCGACUAUUGCAACUAAUACCCCAAAAAAGACAAAUGUUUUGGAGGAUCUCAGUGAUAUCUUUAGCAGCGCUCUGGCCGAGAGCGAGACCACAAAGGAGCAGUCGCAAAGAAGCUGUGACCAGUUUCAACUGGCUGGCAUUGGCGACGUGCUAGCACCACAGGUUCUCAGUGCAACGAAAAAGGAAAGCAACGGCGCUACGGACAAUGGCUGUGGCGCUGCGGAUGUGGAUGUCAAGCAGAUUGGUGCCUUGCGCAAAUUGCCCGAAAUCGAUAUGCUGAGCGAAAAACUGUUCCAGCAGAUACUGCCAGCAAAGGAGCGCAUGAGCAGCUUUAAGCGUGAUCCAGAGAAAUUAUCGCUCAACGAUUUGGCGUGCGAGCGCAAUAAGCUAAAGCCUGCAGAGAAGCCUGCUCCAGAGACUUUGGAUGAUGUACCAUUGCUGAGCGCUGCACCUAGUCAGUCACAUCGUCAACCUCGACUGGAACCUCAGUGGCAGCCGCCGCCGCCGCCCACAACGGUGGAGGAAAAUAAAGAGGAGAUUGUGGAAGCACCGCCAGCUGCCAUAAAACAAGUAAAGCACCUUAGCGAAAUCAAUAUAGAGCUAGACAAUAUUCAGGGCAUUGGCGAGGAGCGUGUUAUGUUGGACGACGACGAUAUGCUGUUGUGCCUCAAUAUUACGGGCGAGCGGCCCAGUUGCCAUGUGUCCGUAAUUGUGAUAUCGGCCCAAAACAAAAGCCGCCAGCCCGUCAAAGACUUUCAAUUCGAGGCGAGCGUGAAAAAGCCCUGUAAGGUGCGCCUUUUGCCAGCCACGGGCAACAUUAUGGCUGGGCACAAACCAUUCCGCCCAUCGCCGCCAAUCAAUCAAGUGAUGUUGCUGCUGAAUCCUACUGGCAAGCCGGUGGACGUCACAUGCAUUGUGGGCUACAGGCUAGGCGAUGAUCCGGAUCCCAUUAAGGAGUCAAUUGUGGCACAAGGCAUUCCCUACGUGGAGUGAAUUCACUGCGAACGUCAAUUGAAGAAUCGUUUCCUAUUCCUUUUCCUUUUGUAUCGUAUCGGUUUGGUUUCUGUUUUUGUGCUCCGACGGACCCCAGUCAUUAUGCUUUUUUCUGUCGCACCCAAC